ACGCUCUCCGCCACUAAUUGGGACGUCAUCCAGAAACUUGUGGGCACGAUCCUAGGUGGCAAACAGACAUCCUGGGGGCGUACCACGUCCGGCAGCUUCAACCUCGUUCGCUUCCUGCAUGUGGAGGACCAGCCGGACGUCGUCGUGCGGGUUCCACUGAACCACGUUGAAACCCCCGAAAAUGCCGUACGCGACGUUGUCGCGACCAUGCAGUACUUCCACGAGAAAACCAAAGUCCCUAUCCCGCGCAUCAUCUCUUACAGCUCCUCGGCUGACGAGGUCAGCCGUCCCUACGUCGUCACUACAGAAGCGCAAGGAGUCGCCCUUUCUGGGAUCUGGGAUAAUAUGCUUGACCACAGACGCGAUAUGAUACUGCACCAGGUCGUCGAGCUGCUGCUCGAGAUGUACUCGCAUCGGUUCGAUAAGAUCGGGGCAUUAUCCCGCGAAGGAGAUGCCGGGGCGUGGGUGAUACGAGCAUCCCAGGGUUCGGAACAGCAGAGUCGAGUGUACACCAGUGGCACAGACUACUGGAUCGAUCACGCCACACGCAGGCUCGCGAACAUAGUAGACGAAGCGAAUGGUGACUCUGCCAUCUACGAGUACGCUCACGUGUGGUGGAUGCGGUCCCUCGUCCCCGCACUCUACGACAAUGCUCUCGACGAAGACGGAUUCCCGCUCAUGCACGGCGACUUCCACUCCCAAAACAUCUUCGUCGUCGACGCCGAGACGGAUAACCCGCGAAUCAGCUCCGUCAUCGACUGGGACAAUACGGGGACCAUCUGCACGAGCUCGUUCUCACAACCGCCGUUCUUCCUCGUCGACCAUCCGCUCGCCGACCCUGACGGCGAGAAGACGCAGGCCGCAGCGAAGAGGAACGCGCGUGACCGCGAGGUCUUUGCGCGCCUGCUGCGGGAAGAGGAGCUCAGGCGUUUCCCGAACCGUCCGCCGAGGCUCUCGAAGGCGCACGAGAGCUGGGAGGGCGUGUACUUGUUCGAGCAGUGCGUGGAUGGUGGCGUGAUGUACAGUGCCCUAUGGGAUCACUUCGUGGAGCAUAUUGUGGGCGACAAGGCCGCUCAUCAGGAGUACAUCUUUGGGCUGAUUGAGAAAGGUGUCCUCAAAUCGGUUGCAGAGCGGAUG